AUGGCUAGACUUACAUCGAGGAAGACCCAACCUACUUGGUCAACCAAAUUCUUACCCUCUACCUCCUCAAUUGUAUUAGGUCCAUCCAAUACGCAAGCGUUUCUUGCAGACUUAGAGACCCCAGCAACUCCUGACAGUAGAAGACCACAAACCCAACAGAUAGACUCGACAGUCAAUGGCAUCGUUAUAGGGCUUUUGAGCUCAUUCGGGAGCGCGCUUUUUAUAGCAUUUGUGGCCCUAGUCGUUUAUUUUUUCAAGUAUACAAGUAGUGGCAGAAUCUUUCUAGGUCGAAUCGGUCGACCUGGUGAAUACGACGAUGAACAAGCCUGUGCAAGGGAGGAAGCUGAAGCCCUAGAGCAAAUGGAUGAUUUGCAAAGGACAGAGUAUGUCAGAGCUAAAGCCUUCAUACAAGCAAAUCCACCCGACUCAUUACCUACAGACAUUUCGCUAUCACAAUACCUAGCUAUCCAGGAAAAGGGAGUUUCAGCUUGGGAAUUUGAGCCAGAAUUAGAGAUAGCAAACUGCUUCGUUGAAGGCCGAACUGAAAUCGAGUUUUUUGACUCAGAAUGCUCGACGAUGACCAACUUACCCAUACCGAAGCAAAAUGAAGUCUACUACUGGGAGUCAAAAAUAUACGAUAAACCAGAAUCAACUUUAAUAAGCAUAGGAGUAGCUACAAAGCCAUAUCCCUUAUUCCGGCUACCUGGCUGGCACAAAUAUUCCGUCGCCUACACAUCUACGGGACAUCGUAGGCACAACCAGCCAUUCCAAGGUCCAAUCUACGGCCCUCAAUUCGUACAAGGAGACGUUGUAGGAGUAGGAUACCGACCUCGAACUGGCACUAUAUUCUUUACGAGAAAUGGAAAAAGACUUGAAGAUGUUGCUCAUGGAUUAAAGUCUCAAAAUCUAUUUCCUGCAGUUGGUGCCAAUGGACCAUGCUCAGUACACGUUAAUUUCGGCCAAUCUGGAUUUGUGUUUAUCGAGGCUAAUGUAAAGAAGUGGGGUCUGGCGCCAAUGACAGGUAGUCUAGCACCACCACCGCCUUAUGGUAGUGAGCAUGGAAGUAUCUUACUUGAAGCUGGAAGAGACAGUGCUCAAGGAAGUCACGGCCAGUACUCUGAGCUUCGAAAUUUUAGGACUCGAAACGGCAACCUGCAACAAGAACUGCCGACCAGUCCGGGUCCCGUCCAUUCGCCAACGUACAUUUCACUUGCCCAUUUGACUUAUAUUAACUUCAGUGAUGAAUCAAGAGCCUCGACCAAUAUACUUGCUGGCCCGGAUACUGCAAAUUCCCAAGUUACAACUAACUUGGCGAGUAAUCAAGCUCAACAGCUACCACCAGAUUAUUCAAGCCCUUAUACACUUGAGUCAAAUAAUAAUAUCCAAAGAAAUGAUGAUGAAAUACCAAGUGCUACCAGGCACAAGAUUUCACUCCCACCGAUUCCUAGCUACAGUGACGCAGUGGCUGAUGAAAGAACUCCAAGUAUCCUCCAAGAUAAUGAGUGGAUAGACAGCAAUGACACUCGUGAAGAAUCAAACCUAGGAACGAGGGGAAUAUAG